ACACAAUUUCUUUUUGUAGUAGGUAGUUUUAAUAAAUUACUCAAAUUUUUUUUAUUUUCUACCGUGUUUUACAUAUUCUAACGGUACUGCGGCUCUUCUGGUGCUAAUCUUGUAAGGAAUUUUUUUAUCAUCAAAUAAUGUCCUUAAAGUUAUUUAAAAUGUUCACUAUGAAUUGUGUAAAAAAUAGAAAUUUAUCAAGGUAUAUGAGUACUGUAGAGAACAAAAACUUAAUUAAAGUUACUUUUUGUAAAGCUAACGGUGACAGAGUCACGGCCGAGGGGAAAAAAGGAGAUUCACUAUUAGACGUUAUCGUCAACAAUAAUUUAGAUUUUGAUGGAUAUGGGGCGUGCGAAGGCACAUUAACGUGUUCCACUUGCCAUGUUAUUCUAAGUAAAAAAGAUUAUGACGCGUUACCAGAAAAACCGACUGACGAAGAGUUGGACAUGUUAGAUUUAGCGUUUAACUUAACAGAUACAUCUCGAUUAGGAUGUCAAAUAAUUUUAGAAGACAAAUUAAAUGGCUUAGAAGUAAAUGUACCGGCAACACUCAACGAUGCUAGAGAUUAAAAAGAUACUUAAACAUACGUUUGUAAUCAAAAUGUUAUACCACGUUUUUAUGGAAUGUUGUUUCUUUGGACUGUUACAAGUAAAUAUAGUAAAUAAACGUUAAUCGAAUUUAAA